AUGGAAGUUUAUACACCAAUGAUACAUCCAGAACUAGAUUAUAGUAAAGUAAAAUCUUUAAAAGAGACAUUCAAAUUAAAGGGAAUUGAUAUUGAUCAAUAUCUCGAGAGUGAUCAUUUUAAGUUUAAACAAGGAGGUGAGAAACGUGCAUUACAAAUAUUGACUAGUGCAAUGAAAUUAACGAACCCACUUACUAAACCUCUUAUAUCUAUAGAUUGUGAAGCAUCUGAAGAUAAUACUAAAAAAUUAACUGAGAUUGGGAUUGCAAUAUUAGAUCCACAAAUUCUGACCCCUGGAUCAAUAGUUCCACAGAUUAAAACUAUUCAUCUUGUCAUCUUGGAAAAUCUUCAACUUCAUAAUUAUAAAUAUGUUCAAGGUAAUAAAUUAAAAUUCAUGGGAGGAACAUCAUAUGUAUUAACUAAAAAACAAGCCGAAAAUAUCCUAGGACAAAUCAUGGAAAAGUACAUCACCACAAGGGAUGGAGUAUUGAUUGGUCAUGAUGUUAAGCAGGAUAUAAAGUAUUUAAAAAAAGCCGGGAUUCAAGUAAGUCAAACAAUUCAUAGGAUUGAUACUAUGGCGCUUAUAAAAUUAAGUAGAGAUUCAGGACAUUCAUUAUGGGCAGUUCUUAAACAAUUAGAUAUUCCUCAUGCUAAUCUUCAUAAUGCAGCUAAUGAUGCUUAUUAUUCUUUAAUAGCGGCAAUUUCACUUUGUGAUCCAAUAGUUAGACUUAAUAAGGACCUUGAUUUUUAUCUACCAACAUCAUCAUCAUUAAGCAAAAAGUAUCAACCACGUAAUGAUGAAGCUAAAUUUAUUUUAGUUGAUGAUGAACAGAAAUUUAUAGAUGAUGUGCUUUCUAAUAAAGGGUAG